AUGGCGCCGGCGGCGUCGGCAGCCCUGCUGCAGGUCUGCGGCUACGCCAAAGGCGGGACUGCUGCUGAUGACGAGGUGCCACCGGAGAAGCAGCAGAUGCAGCCGUUCAGUGUGUCCCUGAAGCAGCUGGAGGAGGUGGUGACCCAGGACCUGCUGCCGGCAGACGCGCUGGAGGCCAACCGCCGAGCACUGGCCACGCUCAAGCAGUUUGCGCGCAGCCUGGAGAGCCCGCACGGCUACCCCCCAGCCUACAUCAAGGUUGUGAUGUUCACCUUCAGGGACCCUUACGCGGAGGGCCAGCUGAGGAGGGUGCGGUGCCAGCUCAAGACCACGGGCGGCAACUGCGCGCAGCUGGUGCAGCAGAACAUAGGCCACCUGCUGCUGCGCCUGGGCCUGCCCCCUUACUUCUACUUCGACGGCGACCAGUUCAGGCCAAAGGCGCCACCCAAGCCGCACGUGGCGCCCAAGCCCCGCCCCGCUGCCGCAGCCCCCAAAGCAGCGCCGCCGGGCCCGGAGAAGGUGGAGGCGGUGCGGGCGCGAGCGGCGGCCGCCGGCUUCCCCAGCCAGACCAUCAGCGAGGAGCAGUUUCGGGACAUGCAGGCGCAGUCGGAGUCGGCACAGCAGGAAAAGGCCACUGCUGUGACAGAGCAGGCGGCGGCGAUGACGAAGAUCCGGCAGCUCGACCCGCUGCUGCAGGCGGUUGCGGCGGUGCCCUGGCUGGCAGCAUCAGAAGACCAGCAGAGCCGGGACAGGGUGCCGGUCAUCAGGUCCAGAGUGAUGGACGAGAUAGAGUCGUGGGGCUGGGAUGUGCGGGGCGCCGUGCGGCGAGUGUGGUCUGGCGAGCGGCACCUGGGCAGCUUGCUGGAUGGCAAGGAUGCGGGCACGCAGCUGGCCAUCAAGGCCAUCCACUUCUACUCGCUGCAGAACGACAAGAAAAUGGGGCGACAAACGUACUCGGCCAGCUAG